AUGAAACAGUACAUGCCAGCCAAACCAGUGAAACGAGGAGUGAAAGUGUGGAUGAGAUGUGAAUCCAAAACCUCGUACCUCACAAAGUUUAAUUUUUACUUGGGCAAAUCAGACAAGACAUACGAAAAUGGCCUGGGACACGGAGUUGUAACUGAACUAACUGAUGACCUACGAGGAAAACAUCACCAUGUAUAUUUUGACAACUUCUUUACCAGUGUCAAACUACUGAAAGAUCUAUUGAAAGACGGCAUAUAUUCUUGUGGAACUGUUCGACAAAACCGGCGACACUUUCCGGAUGAACUGAAACGCGUGAAAAAAAUGCAACGUGGAGACAGCAAAAUUGUGCAGUCGGCUUCAAAGAGAAACAUUACAGCUGUUAUUUGGCAAGACAAGAAGCAAGUGAGUAUGCUGAGUAGCUUGAGUCCUCCACAAGACAUCCUAGAAGCAAGCAGGAGGAUUGGAAACAACCGGGUGCAGCUCAACCAGCCACAUUCUGUACACAGCUACAACAAGUACAUGAACGGUGUCGACAAACACGACCAGUAUCGCCUGAAGUAUGAUGUGUCGAGGGAGAGCAAACGGUGGUGGAAGUACUUGUUCUUCUUUCUGGUGAACUGUGCUAUUGUGAAUGCAUAUAUCCUGUACAGUUUGUCAUCAAAGAGAAGAACCCAGCACAAGCGAUUCACGCACUUGGACUUCCGGAGGGAGCUUGCCAGGGCCCUGGUUGUAGGCUUCACUUCAAGAAAGAGAAGUGCCAUGUGUGACAUUCAGGACAUUCCCGUUGCUAAUGCAAAUGUGAGAUUGCAUUGCAACACACACAUGGGCAAAGCACGCAGGUGCAAAGUUCACAGCAAAAGUGGAAAGCGCAAAGAAACUGUUUAUGGGUGUGAAUUGUGUGGGGUUCAUUUGUGUAAGGAGGAGUGCCAUGCAAAAUUCCAUAACACUCAGUGACAUUCAAAGGACAAAAUUCAAGUGGAACACUUCAAACUUGUAAAUAGAACAUAACAUUUUUAUUAUAAUUCUUUUUCAUACAGUGGAACACUUUUUAUUGUUUUGUGACUAUCUAUUGUGAUUUUUGCCUGAAACAUAUAAUAACCAAAUAUGACAAUGUAAGUAACAUUUUAAAAAUAUUCAUCCUUUUCUCUACAUUAGCUGUUAUUUCAUUUUUUUUCUAGGAUGUAUAUAUAAAAAGUUAUAACUAA